AUGGACGAGAAGAAAAACUACUCAAACGACAUUGUCGAGGCCGAGCGCACCGACUCGAAAGGUCCCGAGGUGCGCGACGAGUUCCCCGAGCCCGACAAGGAGGUGUUCCGCAAGGCAAUGUUCAAGCUCGACUGCGCCUUCCUCCCAGCCGUCACCCUCAUCUACUUCCUCUCCUUCCUCGACCGCGCCAAUAUCGGUAACGCCAAGGCUGCAGGGUUAAUGACCGACCUCAAACUCACAAACCAUCAAUACUCUAUCGCCCUUACAGUCACAUAUGUGCCAUACAUUGUCGCCGAGUUGCCCCUCACCCUCCUCAUCCGCAAGAUCGGCCCACACAUCCUCAUGCCGGCUCUAAUGCUUGCUUGGGGAAUCGUCACGACUUUCCAAGGCUUUGUGACCAACUACGCUGGACUACUUGCCUGUCGAUUCUUCCUCGGCGCAGCAGAAGGAGCUAUUCUCCCAUGCUGCAUCACUUACCUCUCCACCUUUUACACUCGCACACGGCUGGGCAAACGCAUGGCCCUCUUCUUCAGUGCUACUUCACUUGCUGGCGCUUUUUCGGGCCUCCUCGCAGCAGCCAUUGUCAACAUGGACGGUCUUGGGGGUAAACGCGGCUGGGCGUGGAUCUUCAUCAUCGAAGGCCUCAUUACCGUCGUCUACGCCGUCAUCUGUUUCUGGAUCUUGCCGCGCGACCCAAGCGCAGUCGGAUAUCUCAGCCCCGAGGAGAAACAGGCCGUCAUCCAAGCACUCGACAUUGACCGUCCUCCCGCCGAAGUCCAUGAGGAACUCACGGCCCGCAGCGUGAUUGGUAUCCUCGGCGCCCCGCAGAUGUGGCUCGUAUGCGGUGCCCUCUUCUGUUCAGGAACAGCCCUCUUCUCCAUGGCCUACUUCUCGCCCACGAUCGUCCAGUCUCUCGGUCACAAGGGAAUCAUGACCCAACUCUACUCGGUCCCACCCUACGUUUGCUCGACCGCCCUCUCCCUCGUCGUCUGCUUCUACUCGGACAGAUGGCACCUCCGCGGUCCAUUCAUCAUCUUCUCAGCCGCCCUCUCUCUUAUCGGGUACGCGCUCUUCCUCGGCUCCAAGAACCCGCACGUCCGCUACGCCUCCCUCUUCUUCCAGGUCAUGGGCGCGUAUGUGUCGGCCCCGCUCACCUCGACGUGGAUGCCCAACAACCUCGCCCCAUUUUACCGCCGCGUCACAGGUAUCGUGUGCGGCUUCAUCGUCACCAACUGUGGCGGUAUCCUCUCCACCUGGCUCUUCCCCACCACCGAGGCGCCAAACUACAAGCGCGGCACCUCUAUUCUCCUCGCCCUCUGCGUCGGUAUGGGCCUCUUCUCGGCUGCCAACAUGGUCUUCCUCGCUUGGAAAAAUCGUAAGCGUGCGGCUAUGGGUGCGUUUGACAAGGGCGGGCCAGAGCUCGACGACCAGACCGAGCUUGGCGACAAGAGUGUGCACUUCAAGUUCAUCCUCUAG